UAAUCAUAUGAUCAUGACGUCAUCGAAGGUCCUUCAGCUUCCUAGGGUCUGGCAUCUGCGAUCGACCCUCAGCGAUCAGCCGCGGCCACCUGCAGUGUAAUCGCCCGAUCCCGGGGACCCCUCCGCCCGCCAUCCCUUCCCGAGGAGCCCGAGCCUCCGCCCUGGUGACGGCUGUGGAGCGGCGGUGUCAUCGGCCGGACAUCGGGAUGUGAUGCAGGAGGAAGCCGCAGCCUGCCCCGGCCGUCUCUGACGAGGGUGAGUCCUGGAUCUGGUGCGGUACCGCUCCCUGGUCACGUGACGGUGCUGUCACCUGUAGGACACAUGAUGGGCGACCUUCUGACCCUAGAGACGCAGGUACCGGGGCUGGGGCGAUGGAAAAAGCGUCACUAAUGUGAACAGUGUCUAUAACCUUUCCAAACUGACUGGCAGCUGCUGACCCAUCACGUGUACUUACCGUGACAGACUGACCGCUCGUUCAUCUUCUUGGAUCAUGGAUUUGGCAACCUCACUGUAUCGGAUAUAGAAGAUCUUCUAAGCCAAGGAACUUCUUAACUCCUUCCUUAAAUCCUGCCUCGUCACCAUGAGUUCCAGUCUGUGGAGCCAAGAGAAAAGCAGCUCCUCCUAUUGGGAAGAACGGAUUUUCUACCUCCUGGUCCAGGAGUGCAGUUUGCUUGACAAACAGACCCAAAAACAGAUCAAGGUUCCCCGGGGGAGCAUUGGACAGUAUGUCCAGGAGCGGUCUGCGCACAGCAGGAGCAUCCCGUCCAAGAGCAAAAAAGUCCAGAUUGCCCUGAAGAUCUUGGAUCAGACCCACACCCUGGUCUUCGUGGACGACAAGGAUGUCAUUGAGAUUGCGGAGAAGCUGGCAGAGUUGCUUCUGGCCAUUACAAACUGCGAGGAGCGCUAUAGUUUAUUCAAGAACAAAGGCCGCCUUUCUAGAGCCUUGCAGAUUGACACUGGAUCUGCCGUGAGGGUUUUCCUGAGGCCGGGAGAUGGGCACUACCCUGGCGUCGUGCGGUAUAGGGGACCGUUGUUGCCAGAAAGGUCUCUCACUGGAAUUUUCUUUGGGGUGGAGUUAUUGGAAGACGGCCGUGGACAGGGAUUUACAGAAGGCUGCUACCAGGGAAAGCAGCUGUUCCGUUGUGACGAUGAAUGUGGGGUGUUCGUGGCUCUUGACAAACUAGAACUGUGUGACGAAGAUGAGGAUGAACUAGAAAGUGACUACGCGUCUCCGGUAGACCCCAACCCAACUGAAAUCCCUCCUCUGGAGAUCAACUCACGAGUGUCCCUGAAGAUUGGAGAGAGUAUGGAAUUUGGGACAGUCAUUUUCUGCGAUGUUCUGCCCGGGAAAGAAAGCCUUGGGUACUUUGUUGGAGUAGAUAUGGACAAUCCUAUUGGAAACUGGGAUGGCCGCUACAAUGGGAUCCAGCUGUGUAGCUUUGCUAGUGUGGAAAGCACUCUCCUCCUGCACAUCAAUGAUAUCAUCCCAGAAACAGUAAGCCAGGAGAGGCGCUCUCUAAAACUCUCCUUUGCAUCAAGGUGUGGAAGUGAGAAGAGCCUAUCCAGUCACAGCAAACCAAAGGCCUCAGCAGGAUCUACCUCUGAAUCCGGGAGCAGGAACCGGUCAGAAUUUUUUUACACUUUAAAUGGCAGCUCUGUGGAUUCCCAGCACCAGUCGAAAAGUAAGAACAGCUGGUACAUGGAUGAAGCCCGUGAGAGAUCGUCACGAGGAGGAACUUCUGGUAUCCAAGAGAGCAACCGCUGUGAAGUUGUUGAAGACUCAGCAAAAUCUCUAACCGAGACCUCUCCAUCUUCAUUUGGGCACUGUUCUCCCCCUCUGCAGCCCACGGCGAGCAGCUGCUCCCCUGGAGAGAAUAGAUUCCAUUCCCUCCCAUUUAGCCUUUCCAAGAUGUCCAGUACUAAUGGCACGAUGGGACACACUCCCCUCUCGCUGUCUGUGCAGUCAGUCAUUGGAGAAUUAAACUACGCAUCCCUGCAGGACAGCCCGCCCGGGCCACCACAUCUGUCGAAUAUGCACGGCCUGGAGGUGGGCUCACUGGCAGAAGUUAAAGAGAACCCACCGUUCUAUGGCGUGAUCCGCUGGAUUGGUCAGCCUCCAGGAGUCGGGGAAAUGUUAGCCGGACUAGAGCUGGAAGAUGAGUGUGCGGGAUGCACAGAUGGCACUUUCAAGGGGACAAGAUUUUUCACUUGUGCCCCCAAAAAAGCACUUUUCGUGAAGCUGAAGAGCUGCCGGCCAGACUCCAGGUUCGCGUCACUACAGCCAGUGUCCAACCAAAUAGAACGCUGUAAUUCUCUAGCCUUUGGAGGUUAUUUGAGUGAAGUUGUGGAAGGGAACACUCCACCUAAAACGGAGAAAGAAGGCUUGGAAGUCAUGAUUGGGAAGAAGAAAGGUAUCCAGGGGCACUACAACUCCUGCUAUCUUGAUUCUACGUUAUUUUGCUUGUUUUCAUUCAGUUCUGUGCUGGACUCUGUACUGCUGAGGCCAAAAGAAAAAACGGAUGUCGAAUAUUACAGCGAAACACAGGCGCUUCUUAGGACGGAGAUCGUAAACCCAUUGAGAAUAUUCGGAUAUGUAUGUGCAACGAAAAUAAUGAAAUUAAGGAAAAUAUUGGAGAAAGUAGAAGCCGCGUCCGGUUUUACGUCAGAAGAAAAAGAUCCAGAAGAAUUCCUGAAUAUAUUGUUCCAUCACAUACUAAGAGUCGAUCCUCUGUUAAAAAUAAGGUCGGCGGGACAGAAAGUGCAAGAUUGCUACUUCUAUCAGAUUUUCAUGGAGAAGAAUGAGAAUGUUGGGGUCCCCACGAUACAGCAGCUGCUAGAGUGGUCCUUUAUUAACAGCAGCCUGAAGUUUGCAGAGGCUCCAUCGUGCCUGAUCGUUCAGAUGCCUCGAUUUGGAAAGGACUUUAAGAUGUACAACAAAAUAUUCCCUUCCCUGGACCUGAAUAUUACAGAUUUAUUGGAAGACACCCCUCGGCAGUGCCGCAUCUGUGGAGGACUUGCCAUGUACGAAUGCAGAGAAUGCUACGACGACAGUGAUAUUUCUGCAGGGAAAAUAAAGCAGUUCUGUAAAACCUGCAAUACCCAGGUUCACCUGCACCCAAAAAGACAGCAUCACAAGUUCAACCCUGUGUCCUUGCCCAAAGAGCUGCCGGACUGGGACUGGAGACACGGCUGCAUACCGUACCAGAAAAUGGACUUGUUUGCGGUUUUAUGCAUUGAGACCAGUCAUUAUGUGGCUUUUGUGAAGUACGGCCGGGAUGACUCAGCGUGGGUAUUUUUUGACAGCAUGGCAGAUCGUGAUGGUGGGCAGAAUGGAUUUAACAUUCCACAAGUCACUCCUUGCCCAGAAGUUGGGGAAUAUCUAAAAAUGUCCUUGGAAGAACUUCAUGCCUUAGAUUCUCGAAACAUUCAGGGUUGUGCCCGGCGGCUCCUGUGCGAUGCGUACAUGUGCAUGUACCAGAGCCCCACCAUGAGCUUGUACAAAUGAAUUACUGUGUCUUACGACAUGGAGAGCACUAUGAAGGCAGCCUUUGACCUGUAGCAGUCGGUGGAACAGCCAUGUUGGAGAUCCACAAGGAUUCUUAUAAAUUGCAAAGCAGCUGGUGAAGAGUUUUUCAUACACUACAAUCUGUUAACCUAUUUGCUGUCAGCAACCGUUUAAAAGGGGUUUUUCAGGAUUUUGUUAUUGAUGGCCUAUGCUCAGGAUAGGCAGUCAGUAUCAUAUUGGCGUGGGUCUGACACCCGUCAUCCCUGUAUUUGUACCUUCGGCACUGGACUAUGCAGCAAUGUCUAUGUAGUGGUUGGAGCUGGUAACUGCAGCACUGCUCCCGUUAUAGGAUAUGGGAACAGUGCUGCUGUUACCAGAUUUGUCCAUUACACAAGUUCUGGAGCUACUGCAGAACACCUGAUCGGUGGAGGUGCUGGAAGUAGGAAACCAGCUGAUCCGAUAUGGAUGACCUCUUCUGGGGAUAGGCUCAAAAUCCUGGAAUACCCUGUUAACUUCAUUUACAACUACUUUGCACUUCAAGUGUUCUUUUUGUUUUUUAAGUUCCACUGGAAUGUAUGUUACAGUGUAAGUUAAAACUGCUAAAGCUUUAAAGGGGUUGUCCCAACUCGGCCUUCCAUGACUGACAUGGGAAUUAACCAAAGUAAGUGCCCGCCAGGGGUGGACAGACUCCGAGACGGCUGAGCCGCUGGUGUGCUGUUGUCUCCGUAACUUCUGUA